GGACUUCCGCAAAAUUGCUCCCUUUGCUUACCCAAACCUUGUUAUAUGUAUAUAUCGGUACACCCUCUGAUUUACUCAACAGGUUGUUCCUUGCGGGAUGUUAGCCCCGAAGUUAUCGAGCAUUCAGGGGCGAGUGCGGAAAAUAACGUUACCUGCAAGCCUCCAUCAGGUGGGAGAUUUCAACGACCCUUGACGUAGCGCACCUGUUAUAAUUUCCGAUAGCAAUUUCGUGACAUUGACGUACAUCGUGGCGGGAGUCAAGGACGGAGAUUGAUGGUUGAUUGAUUGGAGGAUUGAUCGAUCGAUUGAUUGAUUGAUUGAUUAACCGAUCGAUUUCUCCGACUCCAUAGAAGGUUGUAUCAAAUUACUCAACACCUAAAAACACAGUGAGGAGUGAAAAUAUAUUCAUUAUUCACAAAUCGCCAUUAGAGGAUAAUGUUGUUUGGAUGGUCGGUACUCUGCUACUCCUGUCGACAGUCAGGGUUCUUUGAUUAAGUAAUUGAAUAACUUAGAGCCCCGCCGAUUCCCGAGCCCGCUUAAAACAUUCUUCAAAUGCCGUAUUUGACAACCGCGUUUUUGCUCGCUGAUUUCAUCCUCUGCACCACUCCGUUACUUCUAUCCGCUUGGAGUGUUUGGUCUGCUGGAGAUUAUCGCAAGAUUCACUUUCCAUAACUACACAGAUCCAUGUAUCUUACAUACAUAUUCUACCCAGUUUUUGCACAUGGCAAGGAUAUUUGAUACUUUGUACGGACCAGGGGACAGAGGUGAUAAUAGCGAUAACCUGUAGCAACGACCGCAAAGCCAAUUGCAGCGGCAGGUCUCAGGUAAUUCUGGUGUGCUGUUGCAGUUCUACCGCACGAUGGUGUUCGGAGUUGCGGUUUGUGGACAUAUUUAUAGAUUACACUGGAAUGUCGUUAUUAGUGAAGGGUGCAAGCUGUCUGGCGAACCGAUUUCUAUAAACUAUAAUAAUAUACACCAAGUUAUCAUUGAAAUGACCGCGCGAAUAGCGAGAUAUGAGUUAUAGCUACGGCUACAGUAAAUUCUGCAUUGGAUGUUCAAAAAUGAUUCGUCAAAUAACGACACAAGGACCAAUGAAACUCUGAUAAUGAAUAUCUGAUCGGAAAUGAAAAAUCUUCGCGAUGCCAAAACGCUUCUGAAGAUUCAGGUAAUACGGAAUACCUGAGGACGGUGCUACUCCGGAGUGCAGUUGUGUGCCUAGCGCAUUAUUAUGCCCGUAUAUCUGCGCAUUAAUGAUAAUGGUGUGAUGUAUAAUACGGCAUGUGAUAUAGUGAGAUGGAUGUAGGUGUAUAUUAUCGCGAGACGCGAGGUUGGGCCGCCUCGAGCCAUAUAACAACCUACAUUUCAUUUGGCGAGCGCUUACCCGUGCACCGAUCCAGCGGUGGUGCACUGGCGGCCUUGCCGCGGCCUGAAUACCUCACUGGUCCGCACCGCCGUCGACCCUUUCUACUGACUGAGUCCAUGCCAUGCCAUGCCGCUCUGUGAUUUUAGUUUGUACAUUUACUUGGUCCGAUCCACCGAUCAAGGAGCAUUACGUGAAAUAUACGAACGCAACAUCAUCACGCGGCUUAUUUAAAAUCCAAAAAUUGAUGCAACUUGAAUAGAAAAAUAAAUUGUACGUGCGCUGUAGUAACGAACGUACGUACACAGAUGUACGGGCAUUUGAAUGCAAUACUACAGGCUUCUGUCCCAUGUGUUCGGCGAACUGAUGCAACGGAUUUAUACUUCUUCGCUACGCGACUUUCCUAGGGCCUCGAUAGAAACACAUUUGUAUGUCUCGCGGCGGGAGGCACGUUUAGAUAUUACGCAUUUCGCGUGUGACUAUACGAUUCCGACUUUUAACUAUACGUACACGUGUGUAACGUAAGAUGGAUUCUGUAACUAUGACGCGAGGCACACGUGCUACAGGGAAAUAUAUCAAGAGAUAAGUUGUGAUAAAUAUUAUGUCGUCCCUUUCUGCUUUCAUCACGUAACUGCAGACAUUCAAUUUUACUGAAAACGAGAAAAACACAUGUUACGACGAAAAUCGUAGAACUGAAAAACAUAGUAAUUAUUACAGCUAACAUUAAUUUAUUAAUUUAUUUAGAAGCUGCCAGUAGUGAGAAGCUUGGCGAUUUAAAAAAUCGACAAAACCUUAGGGUAGACGCUUAGUUUUUGCACAUUUUGCAUGCAAUGUAUAUAGACACGAGAGAAAUGAUGAAUCUUUUAAAAAAUUUCAACUUCAACAACAGAAAACUUGUAAAAUAGUGAAUUUAAUGAAAAAUGUUAAUUGACCUUUUUUGUCGCGCAUCAAAUUUCCUUCAAGAUUAUCUAUUUCGUUUAUUUAAAUAUUGUUAUGAAUGGUAGUUACAAAAAUCCAAAAUCAAAAUAAUAGUUCAACGUUCACGGCACGAUUACAUCGAAAGGGCUAGUUUCACGACAAUUUACAAAGAAAGCUUUUUUGUAGAACGUUCAAUUUCCUACAGAAAAGUCCUGUAGUUAAUUCCGCUUACCGCAAUGGUUUGGAAGAUACGAGUCAAGAACCCGCUCACAGUAAGAAAAAAUCAAAAAUUUCGAUGAUAGGCCUCUUAAUGUUGAUAUUAAGAGCUCAUUCGUGAAAUAAUUUUUUUUUUCCGUCAUGUCAAAUAAUAUUUUCGAAGUACCGUUAAAAUUAAUUAUUUUUUGCCCGGUCUAAUGUAGAUACGAGGUUUACGCAAAAAGGGGACGAUAUAAUGAAUUAAUUUUUGGAGAACCGUGAAGUUUGAGAAUCCCCGACUCGUUACGAACUAUGCUUGGUAAAUUUAGACCAAAUUGCCAAUCUACAGAUCUUAUCAUAUACCCUGAGAUGAUUACCAAUUACAAUUUAACGAACUUACAACUAUAAUCGAAAUUUGCUUCAUUAUUCGCGAUUCGUAGCGUUCGAAGCCCCUUCAAUAUCCAUAUCUACAAGAUAUACCCCGUCUCAAUCGCUUUCUGGUCUACUCGUAAUGAUCAUGGGCACAAGGAUGUCUGAAGAAAAAAAAUUACGUGAAAUGUCCUCUGCAUUUAUAUCAGGCAAAGAUCGAUGAUCAUAAACCGCGUGUUAAUCCGAAACAACGCGGAUGCAGAUAUUAGAUUCUCGACAGCUUAGGCUAUCUUGAUUUGGUUUAAUGAAUAGAAAAAUAACGUAACAUUUGGGUUUCCAGGACAACUGUAAUGACAAUCGUCAAUAAUUUACAGAUCUAUCGAUUCUUCCACGGUUCAUCAUCAGUACAAUAAUUUCGUGAAAUAAUAAGAAAUGUCGAUAAUACCAGUGAUCCACGUAAAGUACCUAGAUCGUUCAUCAGGUGCAGGAAUUGCACGAUGCACUAUAAGGCGUUCGAACAUUAUUAUGAAUUUUUUCGCACAGAAAUAGAUGCAGUAAAUGUGGAAUGUGCUGAAAAUCGCGGAACGGAGCAAUCCUCAUCCCUGGUAAACGUGAGCGCUACGUUGAAGGAAGCGAUGGUCCAUAUUAACUGUUCGAUUGGAUUGAUAGUUGAUUACAUUCGAAAAGUUGCUGCCCUUGAAGGCGAGAUUGAUCUCUGUGAAGAAACUACAUGUCAUAUGAAAAAUGUCAACAGUUUUCCAGGGUGGGCGAAAGGGACGGAGAUUUUAACGCCUGGAGCAGUCUAUUUUAUACUAAAAAUCGAACGAGACGCUGACGAGAAGAUAUGCAGGGUGGUACCAAUGGUCACUGCUAGAGCCAGUAAAAUUGCCGCCGAAAUAAUGGCAAAAAUUUCGGGCCCGACCAAACACAAGACCUCUUCUCUCACGGCAAAAUCAUCGCUAGACAAGAUAGUGGGAAAGACUGGUCAGGAAAAACGGUUCAGAGGAAGUAAGCCAGCCUCGAAAGGUGCGUAAUAGCAAACAUGCAUGAAUUUCUCGGGUCGAAAACACUUGGUAGCUAACAUGUACCUGGAUUUUUUUCAAAAUUUUUAUUCAAUAAAUAUUAUACAACGACGUGGAGUCUAUUUUAACAGAUACU